AUGCUUUUAGAAAAGCUAAUUUCAUUUUUAGAGAGACUUGAGGACCCGAGGCAUCCAUUACUGGGGCCAAACAUAAAAGGCCUUUACUUAUUCGGCAUUUGGCAAACAAAUAGCACGAGAAAAAGAAAUUGUAUUUACAACAUUAUUCACUGCACCACCAUACUGUUUGUCUUAACUCAAUUCGUUGAUUUAUAUCGGCAGUUGGACGACGUUAAUAAGGCGUUAAACAACCUCUCUAUGACCUUUAUAGGAGUGAUAAGUUGUGCUAAAUGCUGGUCUUAUGUAUUACGACAGCCGCAAUGGCAGAAACUGGCUGCUGAUAUAUCGGACGAAGAAUUGGCAUCAAUGAAGGAGAACGAUGAGACAGUGAUGAUUAAGAUGAAGGAAUACAAGCUGUAUUCGAGGGUUAUAACAUAUUUGUAUUGGGUGCUCGUUACAAUGACUGAUACGGCCUUGAUUGUGACACCCCUACUGAAAUAUCUGACUACCUCAACAUACAGAGCGAAUAUUAGAGAUGGGGUUGAGGAAUACCCCCAAAUCAUGAGCUGCUGGUUCCCAUUCGACUACAUGACAAUGCCAGGGUACAUGGUGUCAUGUGUGAUCCAGAUAGUGAUGUCAAUACAGGGUUCAGGCAUCAUAGCAGCGUCCGAUGCCAAUGCUAUAACUAUAAUGACUUUCAUGAAAGGCCAAAUGCAAAUUCUGAAAGCAAAAUGUGUGAAGUUGUUUGAAAAUCUAAACGGCAAUCCUGAAGAAUUUUCAAGGAGGGUUAUGGAAUGUCACAGGCAUCAUACGUUUUUGGUGAAGCAAUCUGAAGUUUUUGAUAAACUUCUAUCACCGGUUAUGUUUAUUUACGUCUUAAUUUGUUCGAUGUCUAUUUGCUGCAGUGUUGUCCAGUUCUUUUCAAGUGGAGCGACAGCUGCCCAAAAACUUUGGGUGAUUCAGUACACUUCAGCUCAAAUCGCUCAACUAUUUCUAUUCUGUUGGCACGGGAAUGAAGUCUUUGUUGAGAGCAAAGACGUAGACCAAGGCGUAUACGAAAGUGACUGGUGGAAGGCCAACCCGCGUAUGCGCAAGCAAGUACUGCUUCUGGCGGGGAAACUCAACCGUCCCAUACUUUAUACUGCUGGACCUUUCUCCAGACUUACUGUGCCUACUUUUAUUAGUAUCAUAAAAGGCUCUUAUAGUUUCUUUACAUUAUUCGCCCAAAUGCAAGAAGAAAAUUAA